AUGAACUUAAACCAAAUUGACAAUUACCAAAAAAUAUCAAUUCCCUAUACCAAUACUACACAAGAAUUCAAGACAAAUGUCCUACCAGGUAUGGAGACUGAAUAUUCAGAGAAAAAUGGGCAACACAUACACUUUGAUGAAAGCCAAGAAAAGUCAAUUAAAGAUCAAGUAAACUUUGAGUUAAGCCCAGGGUUAUCAGAAACAAUCAACCUACAUAGCCAGCCAAAUGACCAGGUCGAAGAUUCGAUGCUGACGCCCCCACACAGACCUAUUGACAUCACUUCAGUUGAUAUACUUCCAAUACCCGGCGAAGAACCUCCUCCAAAACAAGAUCAAGAUCAAGAAGAUACAAGCAUGUCCCUCCCAUUUUAUUUAGGUGGGAUCAAGGAAGGUCAUAAAAAAGUCCUUACUUUUGUUGGUCGGUGUGGGUUUAUUGCCAAAGGAGUAGUGUAUGGUAUAAUUGGUGUCUUAUCAUGUACUAAUGUCACCGGCGAUUGGACGCCAAACGGGAGCCAGAAUAACGAAUCACCACAGGGAGCAUUUCUUUUGUUGGGUGGAAUACCCUAUAUUGGUCGACCAAUUCUUGUUAUCCUGGCAAUAGGACUUAUAACCUACAUUAUAUGGCGAUUCUGGGAAGCUAUAACCAGCCAGGGAGCGGAUGCCAAAAUGAGUAAAGCCGCCAAUUUUUUUCGCUACAGACUUUCACCUUUUGUAAGCGGCUGUGUUUAUGUCGCAUACACAUACUAUGUGAUUAGAAUGAUAUACCAAACACCAGAGGAGCAACAAGAAUUGACAUCCAGUAAAGCAUUUCCAGGCUCAUGGACAGGCUCAAGCCUCGGAAAAGCUGGAAUUAGUCUUCUCGGAAUUGCUUUUAUGAUCGCAACCAUCACGCAGAUUGUUAAUUCUGUCACAUGUAAUUUUCGCCAUGAUCUACGUACAUCAGAUCCGAAUGCACGACAAUGGGAAGCGGCAAUUGUCAAUACAGCUGGACGUAUUGGAUUUGCGGGUAGAGCGGCAGUGUUUGGUACUUUGUCAGGAUUCUUUUGGGAUUCUCUUGCCAAACGAAACGAGUCAGGAUCACAUAAUGUUAUCGGAGCAGCUAUGAGUAAACUCGCAACAUCAAGUGGAGGACAGUUCUUCUUGAUGUUGACUGGAAUAUGCUUGGUAAUAUAUGGUUUAUUUUCCAUUUCAAAUGCGUACUACAAGUAUUUUCCAACCCCACCACCUUCUCGAGAGCCAAUGUAUACACUGCCAAAAGUGCGAAGAGAUUCAUCUGUCAGAGUAACCGAUCAGGGUGCACCCGUAUCUUAUCACAACCGUUUUAAGUGGUGGAGUGGUCUAUUAAGCCGCCUACAGCGAAAUACGUCAAAUGAAACAAAGGAUGAUGUACACAUUGAGACCGUAUCGACUAUAGGAUCACUACCCUCUCAAUACUCUCUUUUGCCUAAUCAGAACAAUGCUAACCGUAUUUCGUAA